CUGUGUUUAAAAACAGCCCCUUUCUGCCAUCCCUGCGCCGCCGGCGGGCAGGGGCAAGAAGGCUGUGGAGGUGCCCUCUGAAAGGACUGGAGGGAGCGGCAGCCAGCCGGAGGAAGCCGUCCUUGCAGAGCCUCCCGGGGCCGGCGCCGCCCGACGGGGCGAGCUGGGCUUCCCCAGGCCAGUCGGUCACACCCACACUUAUCGCCAUCUCCACCCGUAGCCGGUGCUUUGUGUCCUUGCUUAUAGCGGGGAAAUGUUAAAUGGUUAAUUGUUAAAUGGUUGCACCUGCUCGGAGCCCGUUCUCAUCCUGGAAACCGGCCGCACCUGGGCGAGCGAGGCAAGGCCAAUUUCCUGCCUGGGCAACGCCGGGCCCUGCGAGCCACAGGCGGGUCCUGGGAGGAGAACGGGCUCUGAGGGGGCGACCGAGCCGAGGGAACUGGACACGGGUGCCAUUUGAAGCGUUGAGCCGGACAGGCCGGUGGGUCUGGCGGCCGGCACCGCUGUCCGGGCUGCGCGGAGCCGGAGACAGAAAAGGGACUGGCUUUGUCCGGCAGCCCUGCCACGGCCGGUACAUGUGGAAGCCCGAUAAGUUGGUUUGGAAGCGGCGGUUCCCGAGGAGCCAGCGGAGGCAGGGCUUCGUGCAUGGCCGGGCAGCCGCUCCUGCAGCCCCGCCGGCGGCUGCGCGGCUCCGAGGCAACGCCGCUGCCGAGCGGGGAGAGCAGAGCCCUGCCCGGGGUCAGCGGGGCUGCUCGCCCAGCUCUGCCAGCGGCACUGCUGCCCCCGGCAGCGAGCCCUUGCCCGCAUCCUUCCUGCGAGCUGGAGACGGAGACCGGCGAGAGCUGGAGAGCCCCGGCUGGAGCCGAGCGGAGAGCUGCAACAGGAUCCAUUGCAAAGCACAUCCAGAAAUGGAAGACCUUUAUUCUUUCUUACUCUUGAGAAAGAUCUGUCAAGUCAGUAAGUGGUUUGAUUGAAUGAGAGCAGUGAAACUAGUCCAUGGUGGAAGACUUUUAAAAAGAGGCUCUGAACUGAACAGCUACCCCCUGACGACUUUCUAGAAGGGAACAUAGGCAAAAUUGAGCCACGGAGUUCUAAAGCUAAAAUCUUAAAAGUUCCCUUAACCUUAGUUCAAGGGUUGGCACCUCAAAUUUUGGCCAGCAUAACUCUUCCAGCACCUGAAAUUAUACUUUUUCCAUUGAAACAGGCUGAAGUCCAGACAGGACUCAAGUACCUUGACAUGUAGACCCAUGUCAGCUGUGUUCUCCCUAAUAUUAAUAAAUUUUAACAUGUAUUUCUCCUAUGGUGAAAUGCUCACAUUCCAUGUGCUGAAACCGCCAACCAUCUGCCAAGGAUAUCAGCCCUCUGUGAGAAAGUGCCCUGUGUCCAAUUCUCUCUGCUUGCCUGUCUCUGGGAGAACAGCUCAGCAGCAGCAGUGCUUGGGCUCUGCUCUUCCUGGGGUCCUGUUUUGUCAUGAGUAAUGUGGUGUGGAAUGGUUUUAGCAAAUGCACCAAAGGAGGACUAGGUUGUGACAACUGGUGAGGGGUGGGGCUUGGGUUUUGUGUUCUCAGAGAUGGUGAGGGAUUGGAGGAGCCAGGGCAAAUCUACAGUGCAGAGGGAAAAUAACCAACCUGGUGUGGCUGGCUGAAAUUUAUCUCUGUGUUGCUUAGCUGGUUUAAAGGGUACCCUGCUCUGCCCUGCCACUUUUUUUUGGGACAGGGUUUCUGUCCCAGAAGGAGGAGUUCUUCUUGGAGCUGUAAUGCAGUCCAAUGCAGCAGCACAGCUGCCAGCUGGCCCUUAUUGCCAAGCAGAGCUGCUUGCUGAGGCUUGCAUGUUUUAAAGUCUUAGCCUGGGUCUCAGUGGAAACAAGGAGGAGAAUGAUUUGACACACAUUCCCCUGAUUUGACAUACUCUGUGGUUACAACAUGGUGUGUCCUCCACAAGAAAUCCAAAUACAUGUUGCUGUGCAGGCACAAAUCUGACUGUUCCUGAUAAACUGUUCAUGUGGAAAGAUACAAUUUGCAUGGUUGUCAUCAAAGCCAGUGUAUGUAUUCAUUUGCGGAAGCAUGUCAGACACCAUAUGUCACUAAUAUGCCUUUGAUAUGUUGGUUCACAUAUGCUGGAACACAUCUGUUCUGUGUCUGUACUCUCUGUACUAUUUAUUCUUUAUUUCGUACUUUCUUUUGACUAAAAGUUUGAUUUAAACCUUGAAAAAGUGUGGGAUAAAUCUUGCUUUUAAAGAAGCAGAGUUUUGGUAAUAUUCCAGCAUUUGGCCAAUGUGUAUCUUCUCACAGAUGAGAAGGUCAUUUAAAAGAGAAUUUUUUUCCCCUUUCAGUAACCAGAAAAAAAUCAGUUCCCAGGCAAAACAAAGAUUAGAUUUGACUACAAGUUUGUUAAAUGAAAAAAAUAAUGUUUUAGUGUUGGGCAAGUUCUGCAGUGUAUGGAUUUGCUGAAAAUAAGUCCUUGUAAGAGCCAUAUGUUACACCAUCAUGACAGUAAAUUAGUUCUAUCUGGAAACUUUUCUUAUUCAGUUAAAGAAUUUACUGUAUAAUAAAUGAGUUAAUAAAGGAAUGAUAUAAUA